UCUUUCUUCCUUUUUAAAUAAUCAGAUUGGUUUUCUUUUUAAUUCUUUCUACCCAGUGCAUGAACUUACUCUCAUUAUGAAAAAGCCAAAUAAUAUAGAAGUGUAGAGAAAAAAACACCAGUCCUCAGUCCCUCUGCCGCUCCCAAAAUCCUACUUCCCUCCUGCAAGUUACCAAUGUCAAGGCUGACGUUAUCCUUUCAGAUUACAUAUAUGUACACACAUACGUGAAUGUCUAUUAUUUAUACCAGGCAGUAUGUUUACACAGGGUGUGAAGCCACCUGGCCACAGCCGAUCCACACGAGGGCACCCUCAGGCAUUCUGGCUGGGGCCCACUGGCUCUCGCAGCUGGCACUUAGUACAGCUCCAUUUGGAGGACUCUCCAACCAGACCAAAAGAGGUAACCCUUCCCUGCUGGUUCCUUUGCCUCUACCUCCAGUCCAAGCCUUGGUAUUCCCAUCUGCCCCAAACUAAAGAAGAAGUCUUUUUUGUAACGAUGGUAACAACUAACACAUUUUGAAGACUUAUUAGGUAUUAAAUGCUCUCUUUAUAUGCUUAAUAUUUUAUUCUCACAUCAAUCUUUCUUAUGUUGUGUUAUUCUCAUUCUAUGGAUGAGCGAAGUGAGGCUUGGAGAUGUUAAGUAAUUUUCCCAAAGCCACAUACUGAGAAGAUAGGCCUCAACCUAACUGUGGUUUGAAAGUUUGUCUUAACUUUAACAUUAUACUGCUUCAAGGUCCCUCUUUGCUUCCAGUAAUCAAUGUUGUUAUGCCGUUUAUGAGGCCAAGCUGAAUCCACACCAUUUACAAACUCAAACUCAGUUCUCCCCAAUAUUCUGAACCUAACAUCUAUUUCACUCCUUUAUGACUGUAUCCUUUCAACCAUCUGCAUUUCUUCUUUGCUCUUGGGAUAGUCAUUCCAGAUGCUAUCAGCAAGGUUGACACCUUUUUAGAGAAUAAUCUAGUCCUUCAUUUGCAGUCUUGAUUUCUUCUAAGAUGUUUACUUGAAAUAAAAACACAUUUAAGUCUCAGGAUCCAAAUAGAUUUCUCUCUGCCUGCCCAUUCAUUUAUAAGCUCGGUGAGAGCAAGCACUGAAUUGUACUCACUUUUAUAUCCUAAUGGCCUAAUAGACCUUCAGUAAAUGUUGACUGAAGAAAUCACUCGAUGCCUCUGGCCAGUUAUUGAGCAGGCCCAGUCAGAUGUUUGAAGAUCACUGCAGUGGCUACUUAAGAAACAAAUACUGUUGGACCAACACAAAUUACACCAGGUCCAAGGCUGUGUGCCUCAAGGAUCUUCUCAGACCAACACCACAGAGCCAAGGAAUGGCAGCUCAGACAACAGAGCUCUUCCCAGAAAACCUUGGGCCAUGUACGCUGACACGGAACCUUACCUGUUCCGUCAAUGACAUAUGGUACCAGAGCAAGGAAGACAGUUUUAAACUGCUUGACUAUAACACAAAUUACUGUAGCAUUAUUUCAUACCCUAAAAUAUGAAAAGAAUGUGUUUUCCGUGGAUUACAUAUGUAUGUGUAAAAUAAGAAAAUAAAACUCAGUAUCACUUUAAAAAUGAGUCCUGGUUAAAGAGCAUUGCUAUGCUUAAUACUGGAGUUAAAAUGCCAACAGGAAUAAAUUGUAAAAUAAACAGUAUAUGUCUCACUGUUUAUUUCCAACUUAGUCACUUGUGAUUUUACACCCUUGUUGCUUUAGAGAUUCCAUUUCUACUCUAACAUUCCAUAUUUCAGUGCUCGGAGAAAGUUAAUUAUUACCAUGAAAUGUUUUAAUCCACUUAAUAUAAUUAAGUGUAUAAAAUAGUAGACUCUAGAACGGAACUGCUGAGAUUCUAAUUCCAGCUCCCCAAAUAAUAAUUUAUGUGACCUUGGGCAAGAGACCUACCCACUCCUUCAAUUUUCUCAUCCAUAAAUUAGGCAUAAUACUCCCUCUCCUAUGAUGAAUGUACUAUAUGAGUUAGUGUUUGUAAAACAAUGCUAUCUAGCACGUUGCAAGUGCUACGUAAGAUCAGUAGGGAGUUAGAAAAAGACUAAACAAAACUUCACUUUUUUCCACAAAUACAGAAAAAAAAAGGGGGGGGGUAAAAAGCAGCUCUGUGCUCUUCUUGGAGCUCUCACUGGAACUACAACUCCACAGUCCCAAUUCCAAGAAAGAUAUGUGAUGAUUCAUUCAAUAAUUUGAGGGCCUACUAUGCGAUGAAACUCACCAUGAAUCAGACACAGCCUCUGCUGCUCAAAGAGCUUACAGUCGGGUUAGAGAUCAGAAUUUUAAUCCACUUUUUCUUACAGAUAAGAAAACUGAGGUCCAGAGAAGUUGUGCCUUGCUCAAAGUCACACAGCUAAAUAGCACCAGAGGUUAGACCAGAAACUAGGUCUUUCCACAACUCUCAGCUCAGAACUCUUUCCAAAGGGCCACCCACCUAUUUGAGCGCCACAUCUCAAUUUCUAUUUGAGGCUCUACCUAGCUUUUGUGACUUCCACGUAUUUGCACCCACCACUACCAUCCUCCCAAACCUGGAGCCUAGGGUUUAGGCAAGAAAACACUGAGCCCAGAAGAGAAAGUUAGAGGCUGGGCGGUUUGAACCUUCCUCUAAAAGAAAAGGUUGCUCUCUACUCCUUGCGUUAACUCUUCCGGUGCCUGAAAGGCUGAGGCCUUUCAAAAGAAAAAAAAGGAACAGUGGUCCCACUCUGGACCGAUAGAGUGGAGUGCCCGCCUCCUGGUGCAGUAGCAUCAAUGAUAGAUGGAGAGUCACUUGUCACAGGGCUGUGGGCGGGGGCCAGGCCCCGCGAGGGCCGCGGGACCGGAGGGUGAGUGCGGCUAAGCGCAGGCUCAGAGGAGACAGCCUGCAGGAGGUGAUGGUCAAAGACCCUGGGAGAAGGUGGCCAGUGGGAGGAAAGGCAGUCACUUGGAGACGAGGCAGAGCUGCAGAAGGUGGAGGAUUCUGGAGGUGACAGCAAGGAGAGCACACAACUGCGAGGGGUGGCUGAAGCUUCUGUGCGAACACCAGCCGGGUGCGAGCUAGGAAAGGAGGGCAGCUCGUCGGCGCCGCCAGAGGGUCCCGCCUGGGCGGGGGUUGCCAUGUCUCGCGAGCGGCACUCCCGCACCGACAUCCCCCGCAACCUGAGCUUCAUCGCCUCGCUGACAGAGCGCGCCUACUACCUGAGCCAGCGGCCCAGCCUCGAGGAGGAGCCAGAGGAGGAACCAAGUGGGGGAGGGACGCGUCUCGGGGCCCGAUCUCGAGCUCCAGGUCCGAGUCGGGAGCGCCGGGCUCGUUCUGCGCCCGCCGGAGGCGGCGGGACUCGGGCGCUCCGCAACCACAGUCCCGAUACCCGUAAGAGAGUGCGUUUCGCUGACGCGCUGGGGCUGGAGCUGGCAGCCGUGCGCCGCUUCCGCCCAGGAGAGCUGCCCCGGGUGCCCCGCCACGUGCAGGUCCAGCUGCAGAGGGACGCCCUCCGCCACUUCGCGCCGUGCCAGCCCCGCGCCCGAGGCCUCCAGGAGGCGCGCGCCGCCCUGGAGCCGGCCAGCGAACCCGGCUUCGCCGCCCGCUUGCAGGCCCAGCGCAUCUGCCUGGAACGCGUCGAGGCGGGCCCGCUGGGCGUGGCCGGGAGCGCGCGCGUGCUGGACCUGGCCUACGAGAAGCGCGUAAGCGUGCGCUGGACUGCAGACGGCUGGCGGAGCCAACGGGAGGCGCCCGCCGCUUAUGCCGGCCCGGCCCCGCCCCCUCCGCGCGCCGACCGCUUCUCCUUCCGCCUACCGGCGCCACCCAUUGGAGGUUCCCUGCUCUUCGCCCUGCGCUACCGCGUGACGGGCCGCGAGUUCUGGGACAACAACGGCGGCCGUGACUAUGCUCUGCGUGGGCCGGAGCACCCGGGCAGUGGCGGAAACCCGGAGCCCCUGGGCUGGAUCCACUUUAUCUGAGACGCAGGCUGCCGACGGCGGAAAAAAAUCAAAGGCACCAGGAGGGUUGGGAGAUCCCAAACAUUUGCCUGGGAGGAAUGGGAGAAACCGAGAUUGGCGAGGAGCUGUCCUAAGGAGUCAAGUGAUGGGGGGCGAGGAGAAUGGGAGAAGCCAAAGGGGUGUAGGGAGUGCGUGGACUUAAAGAAAGCCGAGGAGACUGGGGUGGAUGUGAGUGGAUGAACCCACAUCAUAGAAAAGGGAGACGGAAGGGGUGCUGGAAUAUUAGAAAAUAAGCAAAAGGACGGUGGUGACGUUCUCUUCCGUGAGUGGGUACUGGGAGAAAGUGAGUAGGUGGGUCAGGCCUAUGUAGUCAAAGGUUGAGGACACCUGUUUGGUAUUCAGGAGGUAUUUUAUGUGAACUAGAGACAUACCGCAGUUGAAAUCAUUUAGAUUGCUGGUUCACUCCCUCUUACUGGUCUUUGCCACCCCAGGUCCCACAGCCCUGUUGUCCUAGCUUUAACUCAGCCAUAAUUACCUUGCUUAAGUCCCAGGAAUUUGGCCAUUGCUCCCCAGCCCCCGGCAUUAAUGACAGGAUUCCCUUGUCACCCCUGCAAUCCCUGGAUUCAGUCUCUGCUGACUGGCUGGGGAGUGAUGGCAGGUAACAGUCAGAGCUCCUUCCUCCAGCGGCAGCCCUGGGGAUGAAAAUGAAAGCAAAACCAACUCCAGGCCUUUUAGCUAAAUAAUGUGGUGCCUAAGGGGUGAGUGCAAUCAGGGGCUUCCAGAAGAAUGCCAGCCUUACCGUUCUGGGUGCCUUCUAAUGACCUCUAAGCACUUUAUGGACUGUAUUUGUCAAGGGACAAGCGAAACACAGGACUCUUUCUGCCUGAGAAGAAAAGGAAAUCACUGACUACCUGGAUAACUUUGGGCAAGUUACUUCACCUCUCUGGGCCCCAGUUUCCUCCUUGAGAAACUACAUUUGGAUUAGUUGAUCUCUUAGGCCCCUUCUUGCUCUAACAUUGUAUGAUCUGUGAGGGGCAGAGUGUGGAUUAGAAGCCACAUUCUCCAGCCUGCAGUUGGAGUGCUUACAGUUCAGAACACACAGCACCCCAAGCACCUGGUUGGGCCUGAGAAUGGUCCUCCAGUUUUUGACACAUGUUCCAGAGCCCAGGAAACAUCCCAUAACCAGCCUGCAGUCUCAAAGUAUUCCAGGGCCUCUUUCAAACCACAGCUCAUCCUCUGGCCCCUUGCUUUUUGCUUUUGCCCCCCAGACUUCCAGCCUGGGUGCUAUGAGACAGCUUGGGGGAGGUGCCUCUAUCGGGGAAAAUGAUGCUUGGGAGCCCCUAAGAUGAAACAGUGCUGGGGACUUUCUUGAGGUUAAAGGAUUAUUGGUAUGAGAAAUGGAAAACAUUUCAAAUAAAGAAACAGAGCAGCUUGAAAAUUAAAUGGUGCCAGAAGAUAGCAGUCUCUUCCAUACCCUGAGCAAGUGAAUGGGAAAGCUGGACUCUCCUACCCAUUUACAUUCAUGCCUUAUGUCUCCUGGUUAACCUCUGCUGGGUGUUUGUUUUUUCGCUCCUUUCACCCUGUUUCUAAGCUCCUCUCUUUCCUUCUACCCCUCUUACCAUUUUCAUUUUCUUGUAGCAUGUAGGGUAUUUACCUUCAUUUCCUCUAGUUCCAUCUGCCUCCCUCUUCAUCCUUGUUGAUCUCUGCUAUUCCUUCUCCCUCCAGAAGGAGUGGAGAACCUGCUUCCUUUUCGCCAAGAUCAUGGUUGGUCCACUUUCCUCUCAGGCUCCUUCUUGACAGUCUUCUGAAGGGAGAAGAAGCAGUUCCUGAUGCUACAGAUGAACAUGGAGCUCCCAGGUAACCAGCUGCCCAAACCCAUUUCUUUCUGUUACUGAUUUCUCAAAAAUUUUUGGAUUCCCCUUUUACCACUCAGUGAGAGAAGGUAGACGCACAUGUGCCCAUACAUGCAUUCAGAUCAGAGUAUGGGGCUUGUUUAUCAUGCCCCUCCUCUCCAAAACCCUAAUUCUUUAAAGAAAAAAAAAAAGGUUAAAAGAGAAACCCCAAGUCACUCAAAUGCCCAUUUAAAUGUCAUCCUUAUCUGAUAAAGAAAACAAAGAAUUUCCUGUAUCUUGUGGAUCACCUUCAGGUCAGAGUUCCAGCAGAGUGAAGAGAGAAAGUGUACUGGAAGCCACCAAGCAAUGCACUUUUUAGUCACCAGUGAAGAUCCCAAGAGAGGAUAAUGGAGCGGGAGGGUUGCUUAUUGUGUAUGCAUGACUGUUACCGUGUAUUUAGCAAUCUCAAGAGCCCACAUUUACUUAUUUAUCCACUAAAAUCUGAUGCUUUGCAUGCAUUAUCAUCCUCAACCCUAUGGAUUGAGUGAUGUUAUUCCUGUUUUAGAGAGAAAACAGUUCAGAAAAGUUCAGUAAUUAUUCAAGAUCACACAACUAGUAAAUGGCAGAGCUAGGGUUGUGAACGCAGGAGAUCUCCAGAGCCUCUGUGCAUAGCAUGAUGUCAUAAUAUUUUCCUUUAAAAACAAAAUGAAAACCUUGCCAUUAAAAAAAAAAAAAAACCAGAAACCCUUGCCACAUAUCUUGUACUAGGAAAAGACCAGUUUCUAAUUGUGCUCUGCCUUCCCAGCCUCCCUAACUGGCUUGGGAAAGGCAAAGCACUGAAGGUCUUAAGCUUCAUCUGCUCCUUCCAGAAGCUUGCUGCUGCUUUCUGUGACCCUAUGAUCAGCAAGGAACCACUUCGCCUGCCUGCUAGAGAAUUUAGGAACCCAUGUGAACGCCAGCCUUCCCAUACACUGGGAUUCUCUUCUGGCCCUAGGUAGUCCACACCUGUUGACGUGCUGUGCACCUUCUUACCACCCCCCCCCACCCCCACCCGACUCUAGCCUUGAAUUGCCCAGUUCCCUGAAAUUUGCACUGGAAGGGUUCAUGAACAGGCUAAUUGCUGGAUGGUGUGCUGGAUGCUCGGUCCUCCUGGAGCCUGAGUAAUACUAAGGGGAUAAAUGCAAAUGGAUUUGGGGUCAGGGAACCAAAGAGAAUUCAUUGUUCUUGAGCUUUAUCUCUAAGAAUUACCAUUGCUCACCCAUUCCUCUAUUCUCAGCUGUAUAGAGCCAAGACAUGAGUCUUGUGGUUUUUCCAUACAGAGUUGCCACAGGGUAGCGGUGGGCAGGUGGUAAACUGCAGGUCAAAUCUGACAUGAGAAACACUAGGAAUUUGGCAGAAUCUUUAGAGGUGUGUCAUGUGUUAGGCACAGGACUUUCCUGUAAAGCCUGAUGACUACAAACAGGAGCAGUUGAGGGUAUAACUUGUCAGCCAUGGACUGGGAAGUACCAUAUGAGAAACCUGUACCAUGGGCACAGGCUGGGUCCUUGAAGCAAUACAGCAGGAACCCUCUUGCCCUUUCCUCUCAUCCAGACCUCAAAUGUCCUUCCUACAUACUCUUCCUGUUCCUUUGUUUCCUUUAUGAAUGUAGCUCAUCAUUUCUCUUCUUAAUAAGCCCUAACUCAGCUUUCCAAUCUUAUCCCACAUUUCCUUUCUUCUAACUCCUGUGUUUCUCUGGAGCUGCUCUGGAUCUUGGCAAUCCAGAGAUCACAGAAUUCAGAGACCUGAAAAGGCUUGUCUUUAGAGAUCAUUGGGUCUAGAUUCCUCUAGAGAUGAGGCCACAGGUCCAGAGAUGAGAAGGGACCCCAGCAGGGUCAGAGAAUUUGUUGGUACAACUGCAGAUGGGACUUAAACCCAAGCCUCCUGUCCACAUUCUAUUCCCAGGCUACCAAAGAGUCCUCUCUCCACGGGAACAGACCCAUGAUUUGUCUUGGCAAGGGAUACAUCAGAAGUGUUCCAUUUUCUGCUUCUAGUUUCCAUUCCCUACUGCAUUCAGGCAGAAAGAGAAACAAAAGGGACUAGUGUGUCAUUAGCCUUGGCACUUGUUUCAGUGAUGUUGCUGAAGAACAGUGAAGUUGCUAAAACAAAGAAACAACCAGAUAAUCUACCCAUUGAAUAGCUAACCUAGAGAGGAAAUAAAAGUGUGUUCUGUGAAUCCCCCCAAACCACUGUUCUCACCAGACCCUCCCUGAGCCUCCCGACCUCCUUCACAGUGCAGCUCGGUACUCUGGACCCCAUACCUGCUGGUAUUGUGCCUCAUUUGAGCUUACUCAUGCAGCUGCCCUCCCUUUUGGAUAAAAGACCUCAUAUUUGAAAUAAAGUUGAAAUUUGAAAAGAAA